AUGAACACCAAGCGGAAGAUCAUCUGCUUCUCAGACUUCGACGGCACCAUUUUCAUGCAAGACACCGGUCACAUUCUCUUCAAUACCUUCGGCUGUGGCAAUGACCGCCGCGAGAUCCUCGACCAACAGAUCCACAGCGGAGAGCGCUCCUUCAAGGACGUGUCGGAGGAGAUGUGGGGCUCGCUUGACGUCCCCUUCGACGAUGGCUUCGAAGUGAUGAAGGGCGCGCUCGAGAUCGACCCGGACUUCCAAACCUUCCACCAGUUCUGCCUCGACAACAGCAUCCCCUUCAACGUCAUCUCCGCCGGCCUGAAGCCCGUCCUCCGCCGCGUGCUCGACCACUUUCUAGGCGAGGAAGCGUCCUCCAACAUCGAAAUCGUCGCCAACGACGCCACCAUCUCGUCUGACGGCAGCCAGUGGAAGCCCGUCUGGCUCCACGACACGGAGCUUGGCCACGACAAGGCGCAGUCCAUCAACGACUACCGGGCCGGCGCCAAGCUCGAGAGCGAUGACGGCACCAUCCCCAUGAUUGUCUUCAUCGGCGACGGCGUGUCGGACCUCCCCGCCGCGCGCGAGGCGGACGUGCUCUUCGCUCGCCGUGGGCUCAGGCUCGAGGAGUACUGCAUCGAGAACAAGCUGGCGUACAUCCCGUUCGACACGUUCGCGGACAUCCAGGUUGAGGUCACCAAGAUCGCGAAGGUGGACGAUGAGAAGACGCAUGGCAAGGGCCUACCGUCGAACUUCAACCCGCGGGCGAAUAUGUGGAGGCGCAUGUCGAGCAAGACGAAUGUGCCGAUGAUUGCGGCGAUGACACCACGAGAGGAGAGGAUGAGCUUGUGGCCGGAUAUGUUUACGGAGCUGACGACUAUGAAGGAAAAUACCUUGGUGGCUCCAGCUGCUUGA